UCCUGUGGGAUGAGACGUGCUGUUGAUGACUAAUAAAUGUUUUAAUUAUAUAUGCAAUCAAUUAUAUAGCAUUUGAGCUAGCUGAUUGUACACCACAGGAUCAAAGCUUAUUAUUCUGUGAAGUUCUUUCUCCUUUUAUUGUUAGCAAAGUUAGCUAGUAUUUUUUUUUACUUGAUUUUCUUUUGUGUGUUCUGCUGACGUUUUGUCUAAAACGUUUGAUAUGCAUUUGGUGAUACGUUCUGGAUUUAGUGUUGGGGCUUAUGUAGGCUGCUGUGUUUAGAUACUAUAAGUUGAGCUAGUGUAGUAAGUAAUUUUUUCUGUUACCUAUAUGUCACUUUUAGCUACUAGCCACACGGCUUGUUUGCUACACGGUCAAACGGUCAAACCGUGGACAAAAUUAAAAUGGCUUCCACAAUUUUUUUAAAAAUUUUGUAUUUUUAUCAUUUUUUAAGUUAUUGAAGCUUUUUUUUAUUGUUUUAAUUUUACUGAAUUAAAAAGUAUUAAAAGGAUCCGAUUUUCUACUUUUUAUAACUAUAAAUAUGUUAGUAGGAGCCUUCAGAAAUUUUUUUCGAGUCCUGUUAGCGGGAUAUCGCUGCAAAAAUUCAGACCCGCUCCCUUUCUUUGCGGAACUCCGUCCAUGAAAUAAACACAUCCAGAUAAAUCUUGGAAGGCUGAGGGGUGUGUUUUGUAAAUAAAAGUUAUCGGAAUUGAUAACAAGAGGAAUUGUGCUCAUGAACGACAAAGAAUUUUCAAAUUUUUGAAAUUUUUCAAUCCUUAGCGGAUUUCUUUUUCAUGCUUCAGCCUUACAGGCUUUCGUUGUCCAGCCCUUCCUGGUGGCCUCCGUGGUACGUCCUCUAAUAGGGUAAUGGAAUUUUUCAAAACGAUUAAAAUGUGUCCGUACCUUUCUUGGGAAAGAGAGGGAAUAUUCAAUGAAUAAUUUACUCAUCAAAAACGAUGCCAUAUUAGUUUUCAAAGCCAUGAAUCACAUUGCUCCUGAUUACAUGCGCUCAAUAUUCCUUUCGACAAAAAACUGUCAUAAUCAUCAAACAAGAGGAGCUUCAAAAAACAGGUUCACACUUCCCUUGGUCAACACGGAAUUUGGCAGAAAAGCCUUCCCAUUUAGAACUGCAAAAGUGUGGAAUAAUCUUCCAGACCAAGUGACCUGUGAUGGAAGUCUGCUUUCGUUUAAGACUACCAUCUCUAAUGUAUUUGGCAAAUCCUAAUGGAGAUCACUUUUUAACUUUUUAAUUUUUGAUUUUUUUUCUUCUUCUUUUCAAUUUUCACAGAUUAAAAAUGUUACUAUGUUUGAUUGAGCUGAGGCAGUCUAAGGUUUAUUAUUUUUAGUUUCUUUUUUGUUCUAGUGGCCCCCAGUGUAAACAAUCCACUUACUAUAGGUUUUUAUGAUUUUCUGGGCUAGCCACUUUAAGUAUUUAUUAUUAUUAUUAUUAUUAUUAUUAUUAUUAUUAUUAUUAUUAUUAUUAUUAUUAUUAUAUAGCGUAUGAAAUUAUAAUGGUCCGUGAUUCUAUGUGCGAUUAUCUUACACCCUAAACACAUUAAAUACUUUACAUGUUCCAAUUUUUUAAAAAAGAACCAUUUUUAAGGAACUUGGUGUUCUUUAACAACUUAUUAAAACAUUGUUAUAAAAGCGGAAUGUAUUGUUCUAUUGUUACUCACAAGACAAGAACGUGUCGUUCCCAUAGGGAAUUUGAUGGAAUUUAUGUGACGGUAUAUAUCGUUCCACUCUAUUUGUUCCGUUGAAUUCUUUUAUAUAUCAUAACGAUAAUAUAUGCGAAAUGAUUAUCUUGAGGAAUAGUUAUUUAAUUAUGAAUACUCUGCAGUCUAAUUUAUAUUGUGCCACUUGAAAUAAUUCCGUUUUCGCUGCUACCUUAACUCUGCUAUGGAGAGCGUCCUUCAUUAUAAAAAGGAAUUGUUUUAAUGAGAAGUUUCUCAACUAAUACUUUGUAUACGAAGUAAAGUAUAAGAGAACUUUAAAGAAAUCGGAAUGACAAAACGAGUCUUGCAAAAGCCUGCGUGGAAAGAGGCAUUGGGAGCCUCAAUGAGAUCGAAAAGGCUUAAGUUAAUGCCUGAUAAAGAUAACCGCUUUUGUUGUCCUGUGGCUGAUUGUGACAGCGAGUCGUAUGGAAGUAAAAGAGGGUGUAGAAAACAUGUCUAUAACCGUCAUGGAUGGUUUUAUUAUUUCGAUAAAAGACCGAAUAUCGACGAAGUACUUCCCCACUUCAGUACGAGAAAUCGCAUAAAAGAUCCCCAAAGAAAGCGCGCCUCCACAUUUUCAAUGCCGUCUUUUGCUAAAACAUGUAAUUUGGCAGUUGCAUUUAGGACAUGGUUAAAAAGUCCAGGUGGUGGUGGUAAAGAUCAUUCUCAGGCCGAUCAAAUAACUUGUAAAGUUUUAAAGUAUGCCAAAUAUUGCUGCGAGGAUUCUCCUUCGGUAUGGGAAGUACCAUUCCCUGUUAUCGACUACUGUGUUGGCUCUAUUAAUAUGCUUUCUGAUUUCGUAGAUUUUUUGAGAGACCAAUGGAAGGUUGGCUUCUCAGGAAUAAUUGGCUACAUGAAUGCUAUUGGGCACAUGCUUGAUUACAGACGAAGCACAGGUACGACUGAAAAAAAUUUGUCGGUAUUUGUUGCUGCAGAGAUUUAUUUGCACCGUGUUAAGAAAUUCCUCCUUCGUAAAAUGAAAGCUGAAUGGAAGUGUAUCUUAAGUGUUGAAUAUCUAAACAGUAUAGACUGUUGGGCGACACUAUAUGAUUUACAAAAGGUGAUACCAUACCAUAGUGAAAAAUAUAAACAAAUUGUGUUAAAUGCUAAAAACGCAAGUGCAUGUGUCGCAGCACACGAUUUAUCAUUUUCGACUUCCUUCAUAGUAGCUGUAUUAUUUUUAAUGGUGAAGGCUUCAAGACCCAUGACGUAUCAAACUCUUACAGUAACAAUGAUUAAAGGCGUGAAAGAGGAUGGUUUUAUAGAUCAGAAUGUCUUUAAAACUGCGGAGAAAUACGGAUUUGACUCUCUUUAUUUUUCCAUAGAUGUACUCACACUAAUAAACGAAUACAUUGACAAUGUACGACGAAGAUUGAACCCCACCAACGAUUAUCUACUAGUGUGUCGAAAUGGUAAGCAGUUGACGCGUAUUUCGGACGUAUUCGGUAGAAUUGUUUAUCAAGCAAUUGGUAAGUAUAUAAAUCCUACACGAUAUAGGCAAAUCAUCGAAACCGAAAGUGUUGCACACUUAGAAACAAAAGAACAAGCAAUUCUUUCUCAAGAUCAAAAACACACGUCGCAGGUAGCUAAAGUUCAUUACCAGAAGACUGAAUCGCGCAAUAUAGCUGCAAAAGCCAGGUUAUGUAUGGAUAAAUUACGAGAUCAAACAACGUGUACUUUAACUGUAAGCGAAAUCAAUAGUAACACCAAAAAUGUGAAAACGUCUGGAAGUACUUUGGAACACGAAACACCUGUUCAAACGAGACAGAAAAAAGUUAGUUUUAGUGCCAUGGAGGACAAGUUUUUACAAGCUGGGCUACAAAAAUAUGGCAAUGCAAAAUGGACUUCCAUUCUCGCAGAUCCUAACUACUCCUUUCAUUGUAGCCGUAAAGCUAGUACAUUGGCGGUUAGAGCGAAGACAAAACAAUUUAUAUAAGUUUAAAUUGUAUUUAUAAUAAAAAUAACUUUGUAAAUUUACAAAGAUUUUUGAAAACCAGAAUA